CUUUUGGUUUCACUUUGCACCACAACAGUGACAGUGCAGUGGUUUGAGAACUGUUUAUUCAUUGCUCACUUUCACAAUCUUUCUAUCCAUCUUUCCAGUAGAGUAAAUAACCUUGCAGAACGACACUGCCCCGAUCAUCUUGAGGACAAACAAUGGCAGCUUCUGCACUUCUGGAGAAAUCGUGGAGGGAACUACGCUGGGGAGAGAGACAGAAGGAUCUUCAGUAUGUGCAGAAGUACAAACCUGAAAAUCCGGAAAUCAGGUAUCUUCGAGUCCUCUUGUUUGGACACGUUGGAGCCGGAAAAUCCAGUUUCAUCAAUUCUGUCAGUAAUGUCCUGCGAGGCCGAAUGACGAUGCCUGCUUUGGCUAGUGCGAUGACUUCCGACAAAAGCUUCACCAGAAAAUAUGAAACUCAUAAAUUCACGGAAGGACGAGGAAGCUCAAGGACAUUUUUCCCUGUGGUUUUCAAUGACAUCAUGGGUCUGGAAGACGGGGAGACCCGUGGAGUUCAUGCUAAAGACAUCGUUCAUGCUUUCAAAGGAAAUGUGAAGGAGGGUCACAAGUUUAACCCAGUAGGCCCACUUGAGCCAGAUGAUUUUGGCUACAACCCAACCCCCUCUACUGAUGACAGGGUUCAUGUUCUGGUCUGUGUGAUGUCAGCCAACACGCCACAGAUUAAUUCUUCACUUCUGAAGAAGAUGAGCGAAGUCAGAGAAAAAGCCAGUGAACUGGGAAUUCCUCAAAUGGCUAUGAUGACCCACAUCGAUGCAGCCUGUGGUGAAAUACAGAAAGACCUGAAGAAUGUGUACAGGAGCAGACACCUGCAAAAAAAGAUGAAAGACUUCAGUGCAGCAGUGGGAAUCCCAGUGAACUGCAUCUUUCCUGUGAAGAACUACAGCGAAGAAAUCGACAUGAAUAAUGAUGUUGAUAUUCUGAUCCUGAGCGCCCUGAGGAAAAUUAUCGACUUUGGAGACGACUUCAUCGAGAAAAUGAAAACAGAAUAACAGGAAACACUGAGGUUUCUGAAAGCGACCAAGCAUGCUUGUCUGUUUUAAGUUUUUACUAAUUUUACCAUAAGACUUUACAGCUUUCUAAGCAAUAGGAUCUGAGAGAUAACAUAACGAGGGAGCAAUUAUAUUUAAUCAUGGUUAGAGGAAUCUAUAUGUUACCUGUUUAGCCUGAACACAUGUUGUUAAAUAAAGAAAAAAAAAACUACAGAAAACAAAA